AUGCUACCUUCUAAGAAUCCAAUACUUGGUGUUCCCUCGCAGAUUCUCAAUGAUGAGACUGAAGAGUCUUGCCUCCAUUCCUUCAUCAAGAUUCCUCGAGAGAAUCCUUGUCCUUUAGCAAAUCCCCCUCAGCAAGCUCUUUUUCUUCAACUCACUGUCGAAGAUCUGGGGCUUUGCCUUCCAACCAACUCACUUUUCUUUCAGCUAACAUCUCAGUCAGUCGAAACUGCUUCUCGUACUGCCCUUGUUCUCACUCUAAACAAAAGUCGUAUUUCUGCUUGCUAUAGAGAUUCGCUCGUCAGCGAGGGUGAAUUUACAGAGUUUUGCCUCCGUUUUGAUGAUGAUUUUAACGUUGGUUCUGACGAUUGGCAACCAGACAAAAAACGCUUUCGCAUUGAAGCCAACGGAGUUGAGCAUACUGUGAUAAUGAAUGCUUGUUUAGUGCCAAAUGGAUUCUUUCGUAUUUGUUGGCGUCAGCCCGAAGUUCCUAAGCUCACCGGGCGCGCUCGCUGGUUUUUGUCCGUGCACUGGCAAAUGUGCGGUUUGGAUGUACAUCUUGAUGAUAACAUCGGCCGCAGACUUAAGGCAUUAUCUUCUACUCUCACCAGCAUGGCCACAUAUGAGGAACUCGGACGUCCUAUACAGCAUCCAGGCAAUGAUAAGAUUGAAGUGGAAGUAAGACAGUCCAAUGCACCAGAAUUUCUUGAUGAUGAGGGAAUCGAUUUUGCAAGUUGUGCCUCGAUAAUAUCCUCUGGUCCUGCACCUCCUCCAACUAAAAGUAAUUGUACUAUUAAAGGAAUAAGACUGUCAAGUCAAGAUGAACAAGUGUAA